AUGGACCCUCACGACCGAUACGGCUAUGAAGAAGCGCUGUCUGCGAGGAUGGAGAAGUUCGGGGAGGACGAAGUUUGCAAAAUGGACUCGGAUGAAGACUAUGACGAUGAGAGUUUCAGGGGCUUCACGUUCCCCGACCCAGCCCCGAGGCAUCAAAUAUCCACCGUGCGCUUGGAUGAGCAAGGUGUUCAUGGGCACAGCCUAAGCGGUGAGGUGUUGUUCAAGAUUCAACGAAGUCGUCUUCAGGCUGAGCUGCUCACUGCCGAAAUGCUGUUGGCACUGAUCUCAGAGGAGACAGGGUGCGCGGCCGGAGUUCUGCUUCAAGAUGGCCUCGAACUAUCAAUGUCUGAUGCUGUCCGCGGAGAAGGAGUUCUGACGCUAAAGCAGACAGUUCGUGACUGUCGACCUCUGCUGUGCCGCAGGAUCCCCAACUGGAAUCGCUGUAGUCCAGGCUUCGGGGAGGCGGAGGUUCGCCCACGCCUCAGCGAUGUCACGGAACCCGUCCAGGCACGAAAGGAGUUGCGGACGUGGGUGACAAGCUUAGGAGGCAAAACGGGUACACCUCAUCAGGAGGAGGAUUGGCUGGUCUAUACCAAAGGCGAAGUCGUUUCCUACGAAGCAGGCAGAGAUGAGCCGUUGAAGCCGUUCGGAUACUUCCCUCAGGCACCUCUGUGGAAGCUCCCGGCAGGAACAAGGCAGUGGGGAGGUGCUAGAAGUGAUGUCUGGAGUACUUGCCUCGAGUUGCCUGUGAGACAACUAUUGGAUGAGCACGCAGCCUUAACGCUCGACAGGCCAAUACCACGCUACCAGAUGAUCGUUGAUCCCAACCAGUUUGUUCAGCAGACGCGUGACGGUCCGGUGUGGGUGCCGUGCGAGUUUGAUGUUUCUGCAGAUGGCACCCCAUCAUUGGUGGGUGGUACGCGGAGUCAUGCACAUCCGCACCUUGCGCAGCAUGUUGCACGUCCGGUCCUCGCCGCAGCUCUUCCCUUGUUGGCGAAGUUGCGGCGACCGCAACUUCUCCUGGAUGAUCGGCGGCUUCAAGUUGUUUUUAAGGCACAGCGAAUAAUUGUUCCAGGCAAUGUUGGCGGCAAGUCAGAUGCGGAGUACGUCGGUUUGUGGCAUGUUGAUGGCCACAGAGAAAAUGUGGCUGCCGUCGUAUUGUACUACUACCACGUUGACUCUUCUCUUCAUGGUGGUGACCUGGAGUUCUGCGGCCGCGAGCCCAUGGAUGUUCUGGGCUGGGGCGACUGCAGCAACAACAUCAGUGGUUUGGGAUCGGAGUCCCUUCGGCAGGCCUUGCGAGGUGGCACGAGUGACGAGUCUGCAGCGGUGCACAACUGUCGAGUUCCUAUUGGUCAGGGCACCCUUCUGGUGUUUUCGAACUAUCAAAUGGCGCACCGCGUGCUUCGGAUGAAAAACAUCGGUGAGACAGAGGCCUCCCGUGACUUUGUGGCACUCUUUGUCCUCGAUCCGUCUGCGCCGGCCCUCCUGCCCGCAAGAAGCGUUCUGGCAGCGCCACACCUGCUGACACGAACCCUGGCGCCUGCAAAGAUUCCGAUUUCAGGAAUCCAGAAAGUGCUGGAAUUUCUUGGGGUCUCGCUUAGCGAUGUCAUGCAGAAGAUGCAGCGCAACCAACUACUUUCGGAACAGUUGAAGCCAUCCGGUCAGUUUGCCCAUGGGGGGAGUGUCUACUCGACCGGGAACGGAUGCUUUACAAUGAUCGGCUGGCUGCACAAGUUGCUCGAGCGCGAUGUAGACGAAUGGAAAGGGCGAAACCCGAGAGGUUUUGAACGCCUCAGGGCGCUGAAUCUGGCUCCCGAGGGCUCCACCCGCGGUCUCUCUGAGGUUUUGUCGCUGUCUACAGCCGAGCUGCAAGAAAGGCUCGAAGAACUUUAA